AUGUCCAUUGGUUUUUGUAGCUGUGAAAGUGGAAAAGAUGGCAGUCCAUGCAAACAUCAGUAUGUUCUUUGGUCAGCAAAUAUUGCACAUUGCUUAAACUUUGUUCCAGUUGACCAACCAGACAUCAGAAAGAAAUUGGCAUGGAUUGCUAUUGGUAACUCUUUAGAUAUUUCCUAUUACAAGAAUCUGCGCAAUCAAGAUAACAAGGAUGAUAAUGAAAAUGCAACUAUACCUGUAAGUAGUCAAGUUGAGAAUCCCAGCAUUCGAAAUGAAUGUGCUGAGGAACUAUGUGAGGAAAGCCUACCGGUUGAUGAUCGUGAUGACCCUUCUGAUACUGACUAUUCUGAAUUGUGUGAAUCUGCUGUACAGUCACUGAGACUAGCUUUUGAAAAAGUUACUGAAAAGCUUGAAAGCACCAAUGAUCCAAACUUGGCUAGAGGAAUUUUGGCAUUUUCUAAGAGAGCACAAAGUCUUGCAUUGGCUAAUUAUAUGCAUGCUAAUCUUAGUACAGCAUUUUUUAAUUUUGGAGCAAGCGAUUUAAGAAAAAAAGGAAAGGGGAAAAAAAUUAAAGUUCAGCCUAACAGGAAGCGAAAGUAGUAAGAAAUCUGGGAGUCAUGUGAUGAAGUCAAAAAGCAAGCUUAGGCAGAAAAGAASUUCAACACAGAAAAAAAGUGAAAAAUAAGUCUAGUUUACCAUCAUGUACUUUUAUGUUAAUUUUGCUUUCUCAUACAAAUACUCUGCUAUAUCAACAAAGCUCUCAAGUGGAGAGAAAUAAGGAAAGCAUUGGGAAAGGGAAGGGGGAUCCAAUUGAUUCUUGAAAAUGCUGUGAGUGGAGUGGAGACUGAGAACAAGCUAAACGCAA